UUCAAAGGAACACUGGAACAGAGAGACACAGAGAGAGAGAGAGAGAGAGAGAGAGAGAGAUGGCGAGCGGAGGAGGAGUAGAUCUGGAGGAGAUCCCGUCGGUGGAUCUGAUGACGGAGCUGCUUCGCCGGAUGAAGUGCUCCUCGAAGCCUGACAAGCGUUUGAUUCUCAUUGGCCCACCAGGCUCUGGAAAAGGCACACAAUCGCCACUCAUCAAGGAUGAGUAUUGUUUGUGUCACUUGGCCACUGGUGAUAUGCUGAGAGCUGCUGUUGCUGCUAAGACCCCUCUUGGGAUCAAAGCUAAAGAGACCAUGGAAAAGGGAGAACUGGUCUCUGAUGAUUUGGUCGUUGGGAUAAUUGAUGAAGCCAUUAAAAAGCCAUCAUGUCAAAAGGGUUUCAUUCUGGAUGGAUUUCCAAGGACUGUUGCUCAAGCAGAAAAGCUUGAUGAAAUGUUGGGAAAGCAAGGGACAAAAAUUGAUAAAGUUCUCAACUUUGCUAUAGAUGAUGCUAUACUGGAGGAAAGAAUUACUGGUCGUUGGAUCCACCCACCUAGUGGGAGGACCUACCACACAAAAUUUACUCCUCCAAAGGCUCCUGGCUUGGAUGAUGUCACAGGAGAACCCCUGAUUCAGAGGAAAGACGACACUGCAGAGGUCCUCAAGUCAAGACUCGAAGCUUUCCACAGGCAAACUGCACCAGUCAUUGAUUACUACUCUAAGAAGGGCAACGUUGCGCAGCUUCAUGCUGAAAAACCACCAAAAGAAGUAACCGCUGAGGUUCAGAAAGCUCUUGCUUGAUUUCUGUCACCUUAUCAACAUAUAAAAAUGACAUUUGAGGCUUCUUAAUCACAAGCUCCAACAAACCAUUAGUCCAUGCUAAAUGAUUCAAUUUUUCCUGGUGGCAGUCCACCUUAUUUUUCCUAUCAUCUUUUGUACCGGCCUUGUUUGCUUGACGGACUAAAGUUGAGUUCAAAAUAAAAGUGUAUUAUUAUCAUUUAAUACUAUGAACUUUGCCACAAUGUUUUGGCUGUAAAACUUGAGAUAGCAGCAUUGGCAGAUGACAACAUUUUUGUUGGAAACAAUGAGUCAAAAUGUUUUCUGUACUUGAAAUUAUAUACUUCUUGAAUUGA